UCUUAUAUAUCACAGUAUAUAAGUCACAGUAAUAGAAAAUAUUUACCAUGUGUACACCAUUAAAAGUGUGCAUUGUAGGCUCAGGAAACUGGGGUUCUGCUAUUGCCAAAAUCAUUGGACAAAAUGCUCAGAAACUACAGCGCUUUGCCAACACGGUCAAGAUGUGGGUAUAUGAAGAAAAUAUAAAUGGUAGAAAGCUUACUGAUAUUAUCAACACAGACCAUGAGAAUGUCAAGUACCUACCCGGUUACAAACUUCCAGAAAAUGUGGUUGCUGUGCCUGAAUUAAAGGAAGCCGCAAAUGAAGCAGACUUGCUAGUCUUUGUGGUCCCACACCAGUUUAUCCGAAAGCUGUGUGAUGAGAUGGCUGGCUGUGUUUCCAAGAAUGCACGUGGAAUUACUCUAAUUAAGGGCAUCGAUGAAGGGCCGGAGGGACUUAAACUCAUCUCUGACAUCAUAAGGGAGAAGAUGGGCAUUGAUGUGAGCGUCUUAAUGGGGGCUAAUAUUGCCAAUGAGGUGGCGGCUGAAAAGUUCUGUGAAACUACUAUUGGUAGUAAAGUGUUGGAGAAUGGACAGCUUUUUAAAGAGCUUCUGCAGACACCCAACUUCCGUAUCACUGUAGUGGAUGAUGCUGACACCGUGGAGCUGUGUGGAGCCUUGAAAAACAUCGUUGCGGUGGGUGCAGGUUUCUGUGAUGGCCUGCAGUGUGGAGAUAAUACCAAGGCAGCAGUAAUUAGGCUGGGGCUGAUGGAGAUGAUUGCCUUUGCUAAACUGUUUAGUAAAGACGACUCUGUGUCCUCUGCAACGUUCCUUGAAAGCUGUGGAGUAGCAGAUCUCAUCACCACUUGCUAUGGUGGACGCAACCGCCGCGUGGCAGAGGCCUUUGUCAAAACAGGCAAGAGCAUCGAGGAAUUAGAAAAGGAGAUGCUGAACGGUCAAAAGCUUCAAGGCCCACAGACGUCUGUUGAAGUUUACCACAUUCUCAAGCAGAAAGGCCUAGUUAAAAAGUUUCCCUUGUUUACAGCCGUGUAUCAGAUCUGCUUUGAGAAUAAGCCUGUUCAGGAAAUGAUCUCCUGCCUGCAGAGUCAUCCCGAACACCUGUGAGUUACAGCUGCAGACAUGGUGGCCUUUAAACCAGAACAUCCACCAGCACGUCCACCAGCAACUCUGCCUUUCAGUAGCUGGGAAGUUCUGCCUCCGUCAAUCAAAUGCAGUUUAAUUACUUAAUAUAGUAUUUAGUCGGUUUAACCACUACUUGAAUUGGUCAGUUUGAGGUCAUUCUCAGGGUUACAAAACAGAUCCCAGAGUUGCAAAAUGGAUAAUGUAUUUCUUUUAUUAUCUACUCAAUGAGUUCACCAACUAGACGAUUGAUGAUGUGAAACUUCCACUUGAUGGAACCAUACCUCUUGUGUCGUGUUUUUAAAGCUAUUUUCAUUAGUCAGUGACUGCCCUCUUGUGGAGGGUGCAAUAACUACUGUAUUUAAAAGUGGUUGGGGGUUCAGAAUGCCUCCUUUUAUAAUAACAAAGUUACAUAUCUACAAGUACACAAUAUAUAUGUAUAUGUUUUUAGUCUUUGUAAACCUUCCAGUUGAAUCUUUUUUAGUUCCGUUUGUAAAAUGUUAAGAAGAAUGUUACAUUUACUGCUUUCUAAUGAUGUUCUCACUGAUGACUUUGUACACAAAUACUUUAGGGACCAUUUCUUAGCCAAGACUUGGGAACAUGCAACACACAUGCCCAUUACUCUGUGAUCUCUGUGGAACCAGCGUUAGACCUCUUAGCCAGUAAACUCUUUUUAAUCUUUUUGAUUUUGAAACUCAAUUACACACUAACACAUGUUUAUACCCCUUUUUAUAUUUACUCUACAGUAAAACUGACUAAUAGAAUAACCUUCUUAUUAUUGUUUUUUUUUCCCAAUAACACUGCGUCCGUUAUUAAAUCAAAUGCUUUAAUUUUAGUUGUUUGGUCUUACUUUGUAAUUAUUAAUACUGUUUUGUUUAGGAAGCAAAACAUUGUUGCAGUACAUAACUAACACAGAUUUAGCAUACUGUUCUUAGUUUAGCUUGUCUGUGUGUGCAUUUUAAUUACCAUUGUAACUCCUUGGAUAUUAAAAAUAAAAUGAAUAUGCUA